UUAUUUUUCAGUAGUAAAUGUGUAAGUGUAUGUUGUGAACAUAUGAAAUAAGAACUUCAAAGUAAAUCCGGGCACCUUCCAAUCGAGUUUUGUACAUAGGAAGAUUCCUCGUAAACGCGUUGAGGACGAUCACAUACACAUUACUCAGUUACUUCGUUUGAUGAGCAAGAUGGCCAGGGUUGUGCUCGAUGGAAAAGCGCCUGACGGGGUCGCCAAUUUUCUCUCUGUUCUUGGAUCGUCUUUACAAGCGUCGCCCUCCAGCACAGGCGAGAACAACGUGCGGACCGAUCGUAGUGUGCAUUACUUGACCGUAAAGAAUUUCCAUUUCGACUUUAUUGGAGCCGGUGGUGGGUCUUCAGACAAGAAAAAGGGAGACGCAGCAGUUUCACUGCCUUCAGUGUUGCCAUUUCCGGAAGUGCGAGAGUUUGAACUGACCGGCUGCUUGAAUAUCGAGGGCCUACCGGAUGGCUUUUUUCGAAUGUGUACGUGCUCAUUGGAAAGCAUCCAAAUAACUGAGAACAAGGAGCUGGAAUCACUGCCGCCUUCGCUGCUGCAGUGCCGCCAUCUAAGGAAUCUAAAUGUUUCCGGCAAUAGACUUCACAUGCUCCACCCUCAACUGUUCGCCUGCCUAAACCAACUGCGCAGCUUCAAUUGCAGUCUAAAUCAAAUUGCGCGUGUACUGCCCAGCAACGUUAAUACGGUACUUUUCCAGCAGCACGUGGUCAGAAGUGGAAAAAGCAAGCAAGAUGAAAACUCGACGUCGUCCUCCGAUUCUUCGAGUGAUUCCUUUUCGGAUGACGAGGAUGCGGCGGGUCAAACUAAGCGGUCCGUGCUGCCUCUGAAAGAACUGAAUGCUGCAGGCAACCAGUUGAGUGCCCUGGAGGCCUACGCGAUGGCUUUUCCAGAAUUGACAACUUUGAACCUGCGGGGAAACCAGCUCGCGUCUCUGGAACCCCCCGUUGCACCAGCAGGCGACGCUACGACAGCUGGCGACUUGAGGUGUGUAUUCGGCGGCAAGUUGAAAUGCGUCAUCCUCUCCGAGAACGCGCCGAUAAUGAAACACUCAAAAUGCAACAAGGUUGAUAAGAAAUUGCAGAAAUUGAUUGCGGAGGCAGAAGAGGGGAACGGAAAAUCGAUGAAAGCUCUGCUAGACGUGCUCACACGUGGCGGCGAGUCGAAGCGGAAACAGAAGCAACGCGCUGCUAAAGCUGCCGAAGAAAGCGAUGAUCGGGACGAAGAGGGCCGCAAAAAGAUUCGCGCUCUGCGUGGUAUUGCAGCGGAUAUGCCAACGGUGCAAAUUUCCACCGACUUCCAGCUCUCCCGCCCGUUCUGGGCAGGCGUAGUGUUGCGAAACCUGGCGCACACGCGGUGGACGCCAGAAAUUCUUGCAGGCUUCAUGGAGAAACAACUGAAGCUGAUGGGCAGUCGACGACAUCUCUGCGUCGGUUCGCAUGAUGCCACUAGUGUGCAUUUUCCUCUCCAACUCGUCACUGUGGAUGGUCGAGUGCGAGAGGUGGAGCAGAAUGAUGGUGCUGCCAAGCCGAAUGAAUUCAGGCAAUUAGAUGAACAAACAGAAGCACAAGCACGACAAUUCUGUCCGCUCUUUCGACCGUUAGCGUUACAGCUGGACGCGGAUCAUAAGAACGGUGGAGCAGUACUAGAUCCUGUUGCCGAUGCACGGCCCAUUGCGCAAUGUGUUGCUGAGUGGAAAACAAUGGCGCACAGAGCGACGUACGCUAAACGCAUCGAUCUCGCGAGUGUCCCGAUCCUCCGUGAUAGCAAUGGCACGACGCUCGCGGUUUACCCUGUCAGCAACUGCGAGGAGACGCGCAAUCAUCUCGAGAUGCAAACUUGCUUAUUGGAAGCAUGCGGAGAUGACCAGGACAUGGUGUUUGCCGCUCUGAACUCAUUAUUGGACUUCCUCCUUGAAUGGAAAAUCAUCGAUGUCGGGAAAACGGAAAUGCGGCGAAUACCUUUAAAACGCAUGGGGAGCGAUCGUGGCAAUGAGGUGCGCUUUGGCGCAAACCUCGCAACACUCGCAGAAAAUUUUCCAAACUGGUUUACUGUACCGGAGUAGAUCGAAAACAAAGAAAAUUCUUCAAACAGCAAAAAGAACAACAACCUGAACCUCACUUGCGCUCAUCUUCAUAAUUUGAAUUUUAUCACUUUUUCUUACACCAGCUGCCACUUUCGCGGUACCGCUGCGUCCACGUCCUUCGGGUCUCAUUUUCUUGUCCCCCGCGACGAAUCAUAUACUCGUAUGUGAUAACUGUGAUUUGGAUUUUCUAAUCUUCAUCUCCCGUGCGGCUCCAUCCUCAUUCCUGAAAGUUACUGUCAUCUUUCCCAGAUGGGUGGCUGCAAAUAUGACUCGAACCUCAUCAUCAUUCUAUAAUGACAGUAGACGCCUUUCAUAGAAAUUACACGAUAGCGAUACACAGGUAGUGACGCUGGAAUGAUAAGAGAAAUGCGGCGUGGUUAAUCAUGCUGCUGCUAGCACGAACAAUGCUGAGGAGAUGGUAAUAUUCGUGUGAUUCGCUUGCUGUAAUCGGUAGUGCAACGCAGAACAUCUUCUGUCCGUGCUGAACAAGGUUGCGGUGCCACUGGAUGCAGGCACGCUCAGGUCUGUAAUGAAGCUGCGGUGAGUGCGCUUUCUCGGUUGCUUCGGUCGCUUAUAAAAAUGUAAAGUCACCACCAUCGCUCGGUCGCUUCGAAAAUGGUAAAAAGCAAACCAAAAAAAUAGGAAGCUUUCUCUGCAAGAUGAAUACUAUAGGGGAAUCGCAAACAAAAACUAGCACCAGCUUCUAGCAAGUAAGACACUACUAACCUAAGAUUACACCUUUUAAGAAAAUAUUAAUAUAGUCAUAGAACGAGGGUUUUCGAAAAUUUUCAGUUAUUGUCGAC